GUUGCAACUCUCGGUUGACAAUCACUCGACUGAAGCUAUCAGCUGCGGUUGCUUCACCAUGGUGAAGAGGAAAACAAAAGUUGAGCAGAGCUAAGGAGGAAGACGCUUCUUGUUCACCCUCUUCGACUUCAUCAACAACUUUUUGAGGAUAUACUAAAGAUGCAUCUGAGAACAUUGCUUUCGUGAAAGUUUAAGAAGAAUUACGCUUGGACUGUUUUUUCUUUUUUUUUUCUUUUACGCGUCGGAAUGAAGCAGUGAAUUUAAAGCAAGCCCGGAGACUUUUACAUCGCGUAGCCUACUCUCAAACCACGCGAAUCUUCGCCGAAGUGACAGCUCCGUCGGUGGAUCUGUAGCUACCUGAGCAGGUGAAGCGAGCGCUCGCCAUCAUGUCCAAGUCUAUGGAUCACGUAAAGCGUCCCAUGAACGCGUUCAUGGUGUGGUCCCGAGCGCAGCGGCGGAAGAUGGCCCAAGAAAACCCGAAAAUGCACAAUUCCGAGAUCAGCAAGCGACUAGGAGCGGAGUGGAAACUUCUGACGGAGUCCGAGAAGAGGCCGUUCAUCGACGAGGCGAAGCGACUGCGCGCGAUGCACAUGAAGGAACACCCUGACUACAAAUACAGACCCAGGCGCAAGCCCAAGACUUUAAUGAAGAAAGACAAAUUCGCGUUCCCCAUGGCGUAUAAUUUGGGCGAGCACGAGGCGCUGAAAGUGGGCGGCUUACCGAGUGGAGCGCUUACCGAAUCGUUAAUGAGCAACCCGGACAAGGCGGCAGCGGCGGCGGCGGCAGCAGCAGCGAGAGUGUUCUUCAACCCUUCCAUGUCUACAAACCCCUAUUCGUUUCUUGACUUCAGCUCAAAAAUGACAGAACUUUCUCCACCGUCUUUCUCAUACGCCUCACCGUUGGGUUACCCGACAGCGGCGACGGCUUUCUCCGGAGCCGGCGCACACACCCACACGCAUUCACAUCCAUCACCGGGAAACCCGGGCUACAUGAUCCCGUGUAACUGCGCGGCUUGGCCGUCUGCAGGGCUCCAGCCACCUCUUGCCUACAUUUUAUUACCUGGAAUGGGCAAACCACAGCUUGAACCGUACCCCGCGUACGCGGCGGCGUUAUGAGACUCUGAAACAGUUUGUAAAUGUGAAAUCAACGCAAUACACGUGGAGCAUGAACAUGUGAUGCCACGAUCUUCAUAUCAGAUAUCACAUGUGUUUGUAUCAUGAUUAACGCCUCUGGUGUUCUGUUCGGCGUGGAUAUUAAUGACAGACCAUCCAGAAUGCCCUCAUCAAUGUGAAGAGUUCAGACUCACCUGUUGACUCUGUGUGCCGCUAUUGCAGAGAAAAUUGGGUGAUACUGUUCAAGUGGUUGCAUUUUAGAUAUAUUGAAAAAAAAAAAACAUUGUUUUAUUAUGAAAAUCAACCUUGAUGAAUUCCCGCGCAGUUUUUUUCUUCUUCUUUUUCAAAUCAGUCAUGUUGCUGUAAAUGUGUACAGUUUUAUUAAAUCAUAUCUGGAUAGUGCUCUAAAUGGUUUGACUAGAAAUCAGGUGUAGGCUAUAUUUUGAGUUUCGAAUACUAUUCCAUGGAUGUAUGUAAUAUUUAUUGUUCAGUCAGUGAAACUACCCUAUUUGUUGAUCGCGGGACACGCCGUGUCCUUUAAUAUUUUUUUUGCACAAAGGGAAAUUGAUAUUGAGCACUUAUAAGUGUCAUUUAUUCAAAAGAAACAACAUGGCCAAGUUUCUGAAAUUUCUAGGGUGCUGGUCCGUCAACAUAUUCUAGAUCAGACGAUCGUAAGAAAGUCAGUUUUUUUUUUACUAACUCGAAGUGAAAUUGUAUGUUAUAUGUUUUGCAUAAUUCCACUUAUAUGUACUUAAAUGCCUAUCGUUCAUUUACUGAACAAGGGGGAUAUAAUAAAGCGUAUGCGGAAAAAAGGAAA